CCUGCGCAUUCGCACCGACUGGGGGAAUUUCCCGUGGUGGGGGGGGUUAUCUUAAACAGAAACCUAUGGCUCAUCGUGGAUGUUUGGAAGAAAAUGGACGUGACUCAGCAGAAGUAAACAGGAAGUCGCUCGGUUGUAUGCGGGACGGAAACACGCCCGCAGAAACCUGAAGCUCCCGGAAAAAGUUUGCAUUUUUUUUUUUUUCUUCCCUCUGCUGCGUCGUCAAGUUGUGGUCACGACAGCAGGCAGGCGACAUAUUCAGGUCAGACAGGUUGAGUCAAACGCAAGAGUUAUCCCUCCGCGACCAGGCCUGCAGGUUGACCCCGGAAAACCGCCUGUGGGAAGCAUCCGAACCACCGGAGGUCGAAGAAAAUAACAAGGAGAGGAGUUGGGCGGAGGGGAAGGGGAGAGGUAGUUCGGCUGUUUGAGCUCCUUUACUUUUAGCAGUUUAGUCCUGGUGUAUUGACCCCUGAUGGACUACAUGGACAGUGGACUGAGAUACACCCCGAACUCGGACAAAGACUGGGACACCUCUGUCCAGUUCCUGCCAGCGUCAGAUCACAAAAAGCUUGAGAAGAAAAAGGGUCCAGGAAGAGUCGGGGCUGUGAUCGGUGUGGUGAUCUUUGCUGCUGUUAUCGCACUGAUGACCGGACUGCUGGUCUGGCAUUUCCACUUCCGUAAAGAUGUGCGGGUCAAGAAGAUGUACAGCGGCUCCAUGCGGAUCACCAACCAGGUGUUUGAAGACGCCUACGAGAACUCCAACAGCUCCGAGUUCAAGGCGCUGGCGAAGCAGGUGACUUCCCAGCUCAAGGCCAUCUAUUCCAGAAGUCCGCAGCUGGCCAAAUACUACGUUGGCUCUACAAUUCAAGCUUUCAGCGAAGGAAGCGUCAUCGCCUACUACCUGUCUGAGUUCAGAGUCCCCGUGGGCCAGGAGGCGGCUGUCGACAACGCCAUGUCUUCGAUGGAAAGGCUAGUGGACAAAGAGCAGCGUACCCUGCACAGACCUGGCAACUCUCUGGUCCUUGCCGAUGUGGUGUCUUCAGCACUUGAUGCCCGUCUGUUUUCAUCAUCAUUCAGCAGAAUGUUCAAGUUUUCAGAACAUACGAAGACCAAUCACAUAGGGCAGAUCCAGUCCCCUGGCUUCCCUGACCGUCCUUAUUCCCCCAACACCUUCCUCCAGUGGCAGCUGCGGGCGGACCCAAACCAUGUCAUCAAGCUCGAGUUUGACACGGUGAAUCUGGAGGAGGACUGCAAGAAUGACUUUGUCAAAAUCUACGACUCCCUGGUGGCCAUCGAGAGCCGUGUGAUGGAAGAGAUGUGUGGGUACUAUUCACCUAGUGAACCACUGACCUUUCUGUCUUCUGGCAAUGUCAUGCUGGUGACGAUGGCCACAAAUAACAAGAAGAACUACCCAGGUUUUAGAGCAAAAGUCUCACAAGUCCGACGUGGAAGUCAAGGCACAACAUGCGGUGGCCAGCUGAUGGGCGAAAAAGGCACCUUCUCGUCUCCCAACUUCCCAAAUUACUAUCCUCCUCGAACUUCAUGUCAGUGGUCGAUCGAGGUUCCUGCUGGCAAGGCAGUGAAGGUGUCGUUCAAAAAGUUCCUCAUGUCUGAGCCCGGGCAGGAAAACGGCAAAGACUGUCGUAAAGACUACGUGGAGGUCAAUGGAAAGAAACUCUGUGGAGAACAUCCGGACGGAGCAGUAACAGAAACCAGCAAGACGAACACAAUGAGCGUGGUGUUUUCCUCCGAUGCCUCCUACGUAGACCGAGGCUUCAGUGCAGAGUUUGAGGCCAUUGACGUCAAAGACCCUUGUCCAAAGCAGUUCCAGUGCAAAAAUCAGCGCUGCAUUAAGUCAGAGCUCAGGUGUGAUGGCUGGAAUGACUGUGGAGACAUGAGUGAUGAGUUAAACUGCAAGUGCAGUUCAGAUAGUAUCAGUUGCAAAAAUGGGUUGUGUAAGCCCAUGUUCUGGAGGUGCGAUAGCAUAGAUGACUGUGGGGACGGCACAGACGAGCUGAACUGUGGUGUGUGUAAAUCUGGAGAAAUGACAUGUAAGAAUAACAAAUGUGUUUCCGAGAAGAAGCGAUGUGACGGCAGAGACGACUGUGGAGACGGCUCAGACGAGCUCGACUGCGAGAGAGCCUCUGGUACUACCUGCACCGACCUUACAUAUAGAUGUAAAAACAAUAAAUGCAUCAGUAAAGUCAACCCAGAGUGUGACGGCACGCAGGACUGUGACGACGGAUCUGACGAGGAGAACUGCGACUGUGGGAGGAGUAUGUUUAAGACAUCCCGUAUCGUGGGCGGUCAGGAUGCAGAGGAAGGGGAGUUUCCCUGGCAGGUCAGCCUCCAUGUCAAAGGCUACGGUCACGUGUGUGGAGCAUCUAUCAUCAGUCCUCGCUGGCUGGUCACCGCUGCCCACUGUGUGCAAGAGGACGGCAAGACGAGUUUCUCCCAGCCCGGCACUUGGGAAGCUUACCUCGGCCUUCACACCCAGCGGAAGAUUGGAAGUGCCGUGGUGAAGAGGAACCUGAAGCAGAUCAUACCCCAUCCUAACUACAACACAUUCACCUAUGACAAUGACAUCGCCCUGAUGGAGCUGGACAGUCCUGUCACCUACUCAGACUACAUCAAGCCCGUCUGCCUGCCGUCUCCCCAGCAUGACUUCCCAACUGGUAACACCGUGUGGAUCACCGGGUGGGGGGCCACUCGAGAAGGAGGAUUUGCUGCAACGGUGCUGCAAAAGGCUCAGGUCCGAAUCAUUAACCGUUCUGUGUGUAAUGAUUUGAUGGGAGGGCAGAUCACGUCUCGGAUGUUGUGUGCUGGAGUGCUGACCGGAGGAGUCGAUGCUUGUCAGGGGGACUCUGGCGGUCCUCUGUCCAGUCCAUCCGGCAAUCGUAUGUUCCUGGCAGGAGUGGUUAGCUGGGGUGAUGGCUGCGCCCGCAGAAACAAACCUGGCAUCUACACAACAGUAACCAAAUUCCGAGGCUGGGUCAAGGAAAAGACCGGAGUUUAAACCACUGUGAAAUGGUCAAACGGCGACCAAAGAUAUGGACACGAACGGUGGCCGAUGAGACGUACCGUGGUACGGAUUGUUGCUUCAGUAAAACACCAGUCUGACUCUCCAGCUGAUUUAGUGGCCUUGACUCCCAGUCUGGCUGCAGUGGUAAAUGCACUUUUUGCUUGAAGAGCAAUUGCAACACAUUGUACAUGUCCACUGCAAUUUUAUAAGGGCGGGGUUAAUGAAAUGUUUUUAAAUGUAAAUAAGCGUUUUUAUUUUUGUUUUCUUUUUGUUUUCUUUUUUUGUUGUUGUUAUUUUAGCCUGUUAUGAUGGAAAACAAUGUUAUGUUCGGCACAAUAAAUAGAUUUUCAGGUGUGAUUGUAUCAAAUGUACACAAAUGAAAUGCGCAUGCUUGUA